AUGUGGCUGCAGCAAAGCAGGAAUCAGAGUCCACAGGUCUGGAACCGCCCCAGGAAGGUGGUUCAUCGUCUCUCUGAUGAGUUCCAGGGGGUGGUAAGGGAGAGACAGAACUUCCUGGCUAGGGCCCUGGGUCAGCUACAGGACCAAUGGGAAUGGAGCCGCCUCCAGCUCCUGCAUACCCAGGUGCUGAUCCCUGGACUGGAUUUGACCGAGGAAUCUGUGAUUGCCUCAGGAACCCCUGUGUGUUUGGAGAAUUACCCUGGAGACAUAUUCUAUGGAGCAGUCACAACUUCUGUCAGGAACCGGGCCGCUGCCUGUCCCAUGUUGAUCCCUUUCCUGAAGCAACUCACUGCAGCACUAGUCGGAGCUCAAGGGCUGGAGGAUCAGAGGCCAGGAACAGGCCCUCACCCCAAUAACCAUUGUAUUCCCCUCUGUUCAGAUACAGAUAAAGCUAACUUCAUCUGGGCUUCACCAUUCUUCUCCAUCCUGAAGAAAACAGACAUCUGGUCCCAAGUCCACAAGGAAGACACUGAACUGCAAAAACAAGUGUAUCACAAACCAGACCCAAAGAGCUCUUUACAGUAUCUUCUACAACCACAAACAGUGCAAAAGGAAGAGCUGAUAACUGUGCAACCCAUUGGCCUUUCUGCCAGGGAGUUUGUGGUUUACCAGUAUGGCCUCUCCAUCCUGCACCUCCUCAUCCCCCAGCUUCAUGCUCCAGAAAUCACCCUGAAGAUUGCUUCUCAUCUUCCUGCCAUGGAAGCCCAAGGCAGUGCCUUCCAAGAUGCCUUCUUCUAUCAGAGUGCAGAGAACACACUGUUCAUUGGGAGAGAGUGCCUGGCCUCUGUGGGAAGCUUUGUUCUGCUGCUGAUCCGCUGCCUGGCCCACAUCACUGCUGGGGAACCCCACAGGGACUCCAACCCUGCCUUUUUGGGGUCAUUUUACAAGGGCCUGAAGGCCUAUUUCACGGAAGCAUUCUCUAACACACUGAGAAUGUCAGCAGUUUCCAGGGACAAUAAACUUGACCAAAGCAUAAGCACUAUUCUGCUGGAAGAGCAGCCCAUCUCUGAAAGGGAAAGAGAUCUUCUGUCUAAACUCAUCGAAAUGAAGCAUGCAUCUCCCUUGGAGCCAGAAUCAUUAAAAGAGAUCUAGAAAGAAAAUGGUAAUCUCAUUUCAGUCUGCGUGAUCAAAAGGUAUUAAAUACAUAAGUACAACAUCUGAUGAAGCUGAUAAGAAUUAUUGAAAAAUCUAUAAUAUUCAUGAUAAAUCAUGUAAAUGUAUAUUAUAAUUUUCAGUGUCUAUAUAAUAGGGGCUAGUAUUUGCCACAGAAGUUGAGGACUCCUGCUCAUUAUGACCAAAAUUUUUAGUGUGACUAAAAGUUUAGAUCACAUAUCUUAUUAAAAUAUAUAUUAACAAUAUUGACUAAAACUCUAGAAAUGUAAAAUUUGUAUAUGCCAUCAUUUAAGCAGGCUAAGGUUAUUACUGAAUCACAAAGCAGAUGGAUAUAUGUGCACAGUAGUUGGUGAUCUAGAAUGUGUACUUAAAAUAUAGGCCAUGUCACACAAAAUUCACUUUGGAGGCCCUGGUUGAAACACCACAAAGAGAUAAGUAGUCAUCUGAAAGUGAAGUUUAGGAGUGAUGAUCAGGCAACACAGCACCAUCACAUGAAUUUAAGU